UCGCUUUCCUACCCUCCGGAGGGUCUUCUCCAUGGAUACCAGGGGGAAAGUGUGGCCAUCAAGGCUUGUAUGAUCGUGUUCAGUGCCAUUGCCUGGUACAACGCAAUCGAACUCAUCAUUCUCAUCUUUCUUACUUUCAAUCGCUACAGCGGUCUCUAUUUCUGGGCAAUGUUUUUGUCUACCACCAUAGGUGUCAUCUUUCAUGCAAUCGGUUUCUUGUUUGAAUUCUUUACCAUCGGUCCCAUUGGAUUAGCGGUGACGCUCGCCACCAUUGGGUGGUACUUUAUGGUCCCAGGCCAAUCCUUUGUCCUCUAUUCUCGCCUUCAUUUGGUUGAACAAAGUCCCGUUGUGUUGCGGCGCGUAUUUUACCUCAUCGUCUUCAGCGCCGUCGUGAUUCUCAUUCCGACCACGGUCCUCACCUAUUGCACCGUCUACGUCGGCAGCCAAGCAUCUAUCAAAGGCUACAAUGUCAUGGAACGUCUUGAACUCACGUGGUUUUGUGCGCAGGAAAUUCUCAUUGCCAGUAUCUACAUUUUCGAAACCAUCAACAUACUUCGCCUGCGACCGGAGAAGGAGCUUCAUCGGAGCAAAUUGAUGUACGAGUUGAUCGCCAUCAACCUGGUGAUGAUCUUCUUGGACAUUGCUCUCCUUGUGUUGGAAUACGUUGGUUUAUACACUCUACAGACAACCCUGAAGGCUGCCGUGUACAGCGUCAAGCUCAAGCUGGAAUUCGGCGUGCUGGGCAAGCUGGUUUCGCUCGUGCAUACCCAUCGCUCCGACCUUACAUCCUCCGAAUACGACGAGUUCCCGAAUUUCGUUAAUCCAGCUCAGUUGACCGGUGAUAUCACCCAUGCAGCUCCGAUAGAAGAUGAGAGGCGACAGUCGCGGCCACCGUGGGGACGUAUGUCUGAGGACAGUGUA